CUCCGGGCGCCGGGCACCGGGCAGGCGCCGGGGCGCGGCGCGGCGGGGAAAAUGACCCGGGGCUCCGGCGUGCUCCUCGUCCUGCUCUCGCUCUCCAGCGCGCUCCGGGCCCACAAUGGGGAUCUUACAGCCAGGGAGACCUGCAAGGCGGGAUUCUCUGAAGAAGAUUACACGGCGUUAAUCUCCCAGAAUAUUCUGGAAGGAGAGAAGGUCCUCAAAGUCACGUUCAGCAGCUGUCUGGGCACCCAGGGGACGCAGUAUGAGACCAACAAUGUGGACUUCAAAGUCGGGGCCGACGGGACGGUCUUCGCCGCCAGGGAGCUGUGGAUCCCCUCGGAGCAGGUGGCGUUCACUGUGACCGCGCGGGACCGCCGGACGGCCAAGCGAUGGGACGCGGUGGUGCGGCUGCUGGUGGCCCAGACGGCACACUCGGGACACAAGCAGACAGGGAAGAAGAGCGCGGCUCUGGACCCCUCCCCGCCUCCGAGCGACACGCUGAUGCCGUGGCCCCAGCUCCCGAGCGCCAGCGGGCUGAGGCGGCAGAAACGAGACUGGGUCAUCCCCCCUAUCAACGUGCCGGAGAACUCCCGCGGGCCCUUCCCUCAGCAGCUGGUCCGGAUCCGCUCGGACAAAGACAAUGACAUCCCCAUCCGCUACAGCGUCACCGGCGUGGGCGCCGACCAGCCCCCCAUGGAGGUCUUCAGCAUCGACUCCAUGUCUGGCCGGAUGUACGUCACGCGGCCCAUGGACCGGGAGGAGCGCGCCUCCUACCACCUCCGCGCCCACGCUGUGGACAUGAACGGCAACAAGGUGGAGAACCCCAUCGACCUGUACAUCUACGUCAUCGACAUGAACGACAACCGCCCCGAGUUCAUCAACCAGGUCUACAACGGCUCCGUGGACGAGGGCUCCAAGCCAGGCACCUACGUGAUGACCGUCACGGCCAACGACGCGGACGACAGCACCACGGCCAACGGGAUGGUGCGGUACCGGAUCGUGACCCAGACCCCCCAGAGCCCAUCCCAGAACAUGUUCACCAUCAACAGUGAGACCGGGGACAUCGUGACGGUGGCGGCUGGCCUGGACCGAGAGAAAGUUCAGCAGUACACGGUCAUUGUUCAGGCCACAGACAUGGAAGGAAACCUUAACUACGGCCUCUCCAACACAGCCACCGCCAUCAUCACCGUGACAGACGUGAACGACAACCCGCCGGAGUUCACGGCGAGCACGUAUGCAGGGGAAGUCCCCGAAAACCGGGUGGAGACGGUGGUUGCCAACCUCACCGUGAUGGACCGAGAUCAGCCCCACUCCCCAAACUGGAAUGCUGUCUACCGCAUCAUCAGCGGGGACCCCUCGGGCCACUUCAGCAUCCGCACAGACCCCGUCACCAACGAAGGCAUGGUCACCGUGGUGAAGGCUGUCGACUACGAGCUGAACAGAGCAUUCAUGCUGACCGUGAUGGUGUCCAACCAGGCGCCCCUGGCCAGCGGCAUCCAGAUGUCCUUCCAGUCCACGGCGGGGGUGACCAUCUCCGUUGUGGACAUCAACGAGGCCCCCUACUUCCCCUCCAACCACAAGCUGGUCCGCCUGGAGGAGGGUGUGCCCACCGGCACCGUGCUGACCACGUUCUCCGCGGUGGACCCGGACCGGUUCAUGCAGCAGGCCGUGAGAUACUCAAAGCUGUCGGACCCAGCAAACUGGCUACACAUCAAUGCCACCAACGGCCAGAUCAGCACGGCGGCCGUCCUCGACCGCGAGUCUCUCUACAUCAGGAACAACGUCUACGAGGCCACGUUCCUGGCAGCAGACAACGGGGUCCCCCCGGCCAGUGGCACCGGGACCCUCCAGAUUUAUCUCAUCGACACCAAUGACAACGCCCCUGAGCUGCUGCCCAAGGAGGCGCAGAUCUGCGAGAAGCCCGGCCUGAACGCCAUCAACAUCACCGCGGCCGAUGCCGACGUCGACCCCAACGUCGGCCCCUACGUCUUCGAGCUGCCCUUCGUCCCGGCCAGCGUGCGGAAGAACUGGACCAUCACCCGCUUAAACGGUGACUACGCCCAGCUCAGCCUGCGCAUCCUGUACCUGGAGGCGGGGGUGUAUGACGUACCCGUCAUCGUCACAGACUCCGGGAACCCGCCCCUGUCCAACUCGUCCAUCAUCAAAGUCAAGGUGUGCCCGUGUGACGACAACGGCGACUGCACCACCGUGGGCGCCGUGGCGGCGGCCGGCCUGGGCACCGGGGCCAUCGUGGCCAUCCUCAUCUGCAUCGUCAUCCUGCUGACCAUGGUCCUGCUGUUCGUCAUGUGGAUGAAGCGGCGGGAGAAGGAGCGCCACACGAAGCAGCUGCUCAUCGACCCCGAGGACGACGUGCGGGACAACAUCCUCAAGUACGACGAGGAGGGGGGCGGCGAGGAGGACCAGGACUACGACCUCAGCCAGCUGCAGCAGCCGGAGGCCAUGGAGCACGCGCUGAGCAAGGCCCCCGGGGUGCGGCGGGUGGACGAGCGGCCCGUGGGCGCCGAGCCCCAGUACCCGGUCAGGCCUGUGGUGCCCCACCCGGGGGACAUCGGUGAUUUCAUCAACGAGGGACUUCGAGCGGCCGACAACGACCCCACGGCGCCCCCUUACGACUCCCUGCUGGUCUUCGACUACGAAGGAAGCGGCUCCACCGCGGGCUCCGUCAGCUCCCUGAACUCGUCCAGCUCCGGGGACCAGGACUACGACUACCUGAACGACUGGGGGCCCAGGUUCAAGAAGCUGGCGGACAUGUACGGGGGCGGCGAGGAGGACUAACCGGCCUCACCGCCCCGAUGCGAGAGAGCAGCGCUCGGACGGACGGACGGACGGACGGGAGGAGCAGGCCUGGAGGCGGCGGCUGGCCCUUCCAGCUCCCGCGGCCGGCCACUAAGCGGUGUGCUAGGGGUCCCCCCCCCGCCCCAGCCCCCGACACUGAGCUGCCUGGCAUGAACACUUCCGGCCCCGCGGUCCGCCGCCCAUCCCGGUAGCUGACUGAGCACUACAGGCGAGCGAGAGGCACUCUGUCUUAACUUGAAUUUCUUAGAACAGAAGCACUGUUAAAAAAAAAAAAAAGUGCCUUUUGGUACAUGUAUCAGAUUCCCUCAAACUCAGGAGCGACUGAAAGCAAGAGACAGACCAAGCCCCCGCCGAGUCCUGAGCACCCCCAGCCCCAGCCCAGCCCGGCUCUGAAGGCGCCAGUUAAGGAACUGGGGAGGAUGUGGGGGGUUUCAGUCUAUGAUCAAGAAAAAAAAGUGGGUGACUCACUUGACAAAACUGGCAAAUAGUUUAGGGUCCAAACUCCACCAUCCCUUCUGAGUCCUGGCGCUUUGCUGUACACUGUUGGGGUCUCCUGGGCCUCUCGGGGGUUCCCAAGGCCGGUGGGAGGCGGGAGGCCGGCCUUCGGCUCCCACAGCAGCAAGUCCCCCUGGGGCGGGCCAAGCCCGUGGACCAAAGUCCCACCAUGCGAUUUGGCUACACUGAGUUGUCAGCUGCCCCGGCUCCCAGAUGCUGGAAAUAGCCGGGGCGGGUGGGGUUCCCAGGAGCCAUCCGUGCCUGAUGCGCCCCAUCUUGGCCAUUCCCAGGGCCCCCCAGUCAAUGAUUAGGCCUCCUCCAGGGCCAAAUGUGACCCCAAAUACCACCCAGGUCCCCAGUGGCUUUGGUCCAAGCUAGUAUGGCAUCCCAAGAAACCACAACCAAAACCAGCCAGCACCCCACCAAACCCCGGCAUGAGCCGCCCCCAGACCCGGGCAGACCCCCCAGGGGCCCCACCAGAGGCCCAGCAAACACGCGCCAGGCCAAACCCCUGAAGGCUCUGGACACCUCCGGCCACCCACAGGGCUGUGCGGGCCGCGGAGAGAGCAGAGCCUCACUUGGGCUGCAGGAGGCUGGAAACCAGCAUGACCAGCGGGAGACCCUGGUGGCUCUUGCCGCUGCCCUGCCCCUCUGGAGCGGACUUUCUGACGCUCGUGGAGCUUGCUGACGGGGACGGCAGACAUCUGCUCCGAAUGCCCAGGAGAGCCUGUCGUGGUGGUGCCGUCUGCCCCCCAGGUGUGUCUAGACCGCACCCGCCAGAAACAGUCCUCCUCCCUCUGGACCCGCGGCAGCACCAAGCAGCUGCUCGCGCUCUCAGAGCCGUAAUUGCCCUCUCGACGGGCAGUCGGACUCUCAAGCCAGACCCCAGAGUCAGUUCCGCAGAGCAGACAGCGAAAGGGGCUGUGUCCCAAGGACCCCCUGGGGAGCCCCCUGCUGUGUUUGUCACUGGGGCAGGAAAGGCCCCGGUGCAUCCCUUGCCCCCGCCGUCUCCCAGGGACAGCCGCUCUGGCUGUGAAGGCGCCUCAGGCCCCAGCCUGAGAAGACACCCUCCUGGGGGAACCCUCGUCUGCUCUCAGGCCGGCGUAGGCGGCCCUCGCAGGACUUGGCGUCAGAGCCCCAGCGCUGACAAGGAGCCCCGCCCUGGAGCCCCACCCCGCACCUGCUCCCCGGGUCAGGGGAGGCCUCAGGAGGGCCUGGGAAGGUGGGGGGUCUGGGGUGCACAUGUCCCCUGGUCUCUCCACCUGGGGGUCCUUGAUCCACUCCCCAGCCUCCAGCCCACCCCCAUUGCCAUGGUCAUUCUCUUUUCUAAACAGCUUUGGCCUCGAAGGUGAACUAGAGUGUACCCGUGUGUGUGUGAUACGCGUGGGUGUGUCCCCCUUGGACGUCAGGGUUCUCCCCCAAACCAAACCCGUUACUAACUCAGUGCAUCCUCCUGGAGCUGAGCCGGAGAGACGAGCUCAGGCACGGGGCCUGAUGGCGGCCCCAGGUGGGCUCCAUCCAUUCCACCGCCUCCCUGACUGCUGGGGAGGGACGGGUGGACAGAGGCGGCAGUCACCCGUGUCAUGUGCCGAUGCCCCUUCCCGAGGACGGCAUCUCACAGAAUCCCAGACCGUGAGGGUGGCCUGCCGAGGGGAGGGGAGGGGAGGGGAGGGGACGCCCCCAGUCCAAAGCCAUGCUAUGCAAAUUGCUCUGGGUCAGGUAGCCAAUGAGGAUUGUCCCAGCACCUGGGGGCGUGGCCAUUCUCGGGGUGGCUGGCAGUGUCGGGUUUGGUGUGAUGUGAGCUGGAAUCCUCUGUUUGUGUUUGGUUUUGGAAAGUCCAUCCUCCAGUCGAAGUUCUAAGUGUGGAUGUGGGCAGGGGGCCCAGCCAGCUGUGGGCUCUCCCCUCUGAAGUCCUGAGGCCUCCUUGGGUCCCCAGGCCCUGGGCUCACCUCAGGGAUGGAUGUGCCGAACCUAGUAUCCUGAACACCAACCCCACCGACCCCUCGGGCACCAGGAGCCCCUGCCUCCCUCCAGCCAGAAGAGCGGGACGCAGGGAUCCGUCUCACCGCCUCCCUCCGGCCUCUCUCCCCUCUCCCCAGGCCUCUCCUCACUGCCAGGCCCCCGCUGCACUGUGCCCAUGUGCCCCAGGCUGAGGCGGCGGCAGCCAGCUGGGGGCAAGUCGACAGGGGGCUUCCCACCCCCAUCCCUGCUUCCAGGCAGCUGGACGGCUGUCCCUUGUCACCCCCAUCGCGCGCAGCCCCUGGAGGCCAGAAAAGCACGGGGUGCCCACACCCUCCCAGAUGCAUCCCAGAACUCCAUCCCGACCACGAGUGAGCGUCAGCUCAGCGGACAGUGUCAAAUGUCUCUCUCACGUAGCUGGUCGAUGCAGUGUGUCCAGACCAGGGCACACGGCUGUGGAGGCUGACUCAGCACUGGCAAAGUGCUCCUGGGAGUUCCUCUUCAGCUCCUCUAGGGAACUUUUGUCUUUGUGAGCAGGAGAGACGUGCGCUGUUGGGCAGAGCAGCAAGAACCGCCUGGCUUCGGUCAGCGGGCACCCCCAGCCCGGGGCCCCCGUGCCUGCCGGGGCUCAGCACCCCAGCUCCUGGCCAAGCAGGCCUUCUCUUCCCUGUGUCUUUCAGAACAUCCAAAGUGCUAGGCCUCCCCCCGCCAAAGCGUCAGGGCCAGUCGUCAGGCCCUCAGAGAUGCCUCAGUUUCCCUGGCGGGAGCACCGUGCACACACACGGUCCUCUGAGAUGACAACUCCGUUCUCUCCAGGGAAAAGCCAGGGAGGGGAGUCUCGAUGUUUGUCAGUGCUGAAAGGAGCGACACCAGAAAAGCAAGCAAAGUCUCCCACACGCAGCCCAUCACGGGGAACAGCCGCAAGCGACGCAGUGCACAAAAGACACGCCCUGCUCGAAGCGGCAGGACGGUGGGGACCACCUCUGUGUAUAACUGGAACGCGGUUCGCUUUUCCUUUCUCUCCUUUUUCCAUUCUGAUUUUUUUUUUUUUGCAUGUUUCUUUUUGAAAACGGACAUGAGCAGCAGCCCGCAUGACUGUGGCUGUCCUGGGAAAGAUACUGGAGUGUGAUGUGUCCACGCUGCACCUCUGAGCGUUGCGCACUUACACAAACGUUCCAACUGUUUUGUAAUUGUCAACAGCACAACUAUUUUGUAUUGUUGUUUGUAUCAUUUUGUACCAAAAAAAAAAAAAAAGGAAAAAAAAGGGAAGAGCGUUGAUGUUUUCAAUGUGUUUUUAGUGCCAGGCGGUCUUGGUUCCGAACUGAGUAGCGGCUUUGCGGAGUUGUUGUGUGCUGGAGCGGAGUCGGGGCACCGGCACGCUGCUCCGGAGGAGUCAAUAAAG